AUGAUCAUUCCUGAUAAGCUGAACACUUCUGGCCUAGAUUACCUUAAUUGUGUAGCUCCCAUAACCAACCGAAAUUGGGGUAAUUUAUUCGAAAAUUUGAUGCACCCAAAUCUGAUCAAAUUGCAACGGGUAUUUUUGACGACCGACCGGAAAGUAUGGUUGCUGUUUGAUUACGCGGAACACGAUUUAUGGCAUAUUAUCAAAUUUCAUCGAGCUGCAAAACAGAAGAAGCAACCAGUGCUUGUUCCAAAGGGUAUGGUCAAAAGUCUCCUUUAUCAAAUAUUGGAUGGUAUACAUUAUUUACAUUCAAACUGGAUUCUUCAUCGCGAUUUGAAACCUGCUAAUAUCCUUGUGAUGGGCGAAGGUCCAGGUGUAGAACGUGGCAGAGUCAAAAUAGGUGAUAUGGGUUUCGCAAGAAUUUUCCAUAAUCCGUUAAAGCCACUGGCAGAACUGGAUCCCGUAGUGGUGACAUUCUGGUAUCGAGCACCCGAGUUGCUGUUAGGCGCAAAACAUUACACAAAGGUAGAUUUUUUUUUUUUGGGUCAUUUUCGAUGA